AUGAAUUUUUUGAAGAAAUUUCUAGGUUCUUCUCCUAAGGAUGAUCUAUCAAUUAUUCCAUCAGGUCAAUUGUUUUUGAAAAGAAGCUUGGGAUCACCAAAGUCUGCAAGCGAGUGCUUGUAUACUGAUGCUGCGGCUUCAGUGCGUGAAACUUCGGCACCACAUAACUAUCAACUUGUUGUUCAAAGGGCCUUUGAAGAAGGAGAGGAACAAUUGAAAGGGGAUGAUGAUGAAGAAGAUGAUGAUUUCGCUGAAUCACAAGAUGAAAGAGUGUUCUUACUUGAUAAAUCAUUAGAAAUAUAUCAAACAAAUAGAAGUGGUUCCAUAGUUGUCUCCUGGCUAAACAGAGACGGUGAUGAUGGUGAAAGAUUUGAAUUCGUCGUUGAUGAAAGUAUUAAAUCAAGUGAAGUUGAUCAAUUCAUGAAAACUGUGUAUUCAUGUGAAUACGAAAGAAAGUACAACAAGUCAUCCGCGGGUGUCUUAACAGAACAAUUACAGGAGUUCAUUAUAGAUCCUGAACUAGAAACUGUUGAACAAUCCAUCACUAAGAAAGGUCUUGUGACAGCUGUUUCUGAUGAUGAAGAGGAAGCUGAAGAUUCUAUUUAUGAAGAUGCAGAUGAAUCCAAGUCAGCAAUUCGUGCUACUAAGCUCACUCCUUCUUCUCCAGUAAAAGGGUCAUCAAAAGCUGAAGCUGAAGAGACGGAAAUCAAGGAAGAUGUCAAAGAACCAACAGGAGAAUCUAUUGUUGAAGUUAAAGGUGAAUUGCGUUUGUAUGAUCCAACUACGGAAAGCUUCUCAUUACAGGAUAGUAAAGCGGACGUCUCAGUCUUAGAUUUGGGAAAGUUUGAUUAUUGGUUAUCUAUAAAUGGUGAAUCUGGACUAAAAUUAGGUACAAAUAUCACCUCAGAGUUGAAUCCAGUUUUCAAUUAUGAAUUAUUAUCAUUUGUGUUCAACUAUGAAACUGCUAAAGAUGAAGUAUUCUCGUGGUUGUUGAGAUUUGACUCGCCAGAGUCCUUGUUAUCAUUUCAGACUGGUUAUAUGAGAGCUGCUUAUGAAGGUGCUAAUAAAAUUAAAUGGUCUAAAGCGGAACAAAGUGAAAGAAAAUACGUCUUAGAUGCCUUCAAAACAAAUGAUCAAGAUGAGGAAAUGGAUGGUUAUACAAUCAAUGAGGAAGAAGAAGAAGAAGAAGAGGAAGAUUAUGAUGAAGAACAAGAACAAAUAUCAAAACCAAUCAAUCUCCGUACCGGUUUGAGAAAAGAAAACUUUUCUGAUUCUGAAGAUGAGGAUGAAGAGCAAAAUAAGGAUUACUUUAAAGGCUCACAUAAUAAGAACUUGACUGUUGCUUAUAAGAAUGACCGUUCAUAUGUUACUAGAGGUGAUCGUAUUGGUGUUUUCAAAACUACAGAAGAUGAUGAGCUUGAGUUUGCUACUGCCAUUGAAAACUUAUCUAUUGGUGAUAAAAAAUCGUUCAAUCCUUCCAAAAUGAUGUUACAUACUGAAGAUCGUGCUUUGGUUAUGCAAGGAGAAGAUAAAGAUAAACUUUAUAGAAUGGAUCUUGAAUAUGGUAAAAUCGUUGAUGAAUGGAAAGUUAAAGAUGAUCUAUCAGUUGUUGAUUUUGGACCAUCAAAGAAAUUUAACCAAUUGACCGGUGAACAAACCUUUUUGGGUAUAUCUGAUAAAGGUUUAUUCAAAAUUGAUCCAAGGGUUAAUGGUAAUAAACUGGUUGAAAGUGAAUAUAAAUCAUAUGCUACAAAGAACGAUUUCAGUGCAUUUGGUACUACAGAAAACGGUCACAUUGCUGUUGCUUCCAAUAAAGGUGAUAUAAGAUUAUACGAUAGAUUAGGUAUCAGAGCCAAGUCAUUGAUCCCAGCUAUUGGUGAUUCCAUUAAAUAUGUUGAAACUUCUGCAGAUGGUAAGUGGAUCUUGGCCACAUGUAAAACAUAUUUGAUCUUAAUCGAUGCAAUGAUCAAAGAUGGUGCAAACGCUGGUCAAUUGGCAUUUAAGAAAUCAUUUGGUAAAGAUGGUGUUCCAAAAUACAGAACGUUGAGAUUAUCACCAGAGCAUGUCGCUUCUAUGCAACAGUUAAGUGGUCAGCCAUUAGAUUUCAAAAAGGCAACAUUCAAUACAGGUUUCAAUGUCAAAGAACAAACUAUUAUUUCUGGUUCUGGUCCAUAUGCUAUCCAAUGGUCACUAAACAAAAUUUUACGUGGUGAUGCUGAACCUUAUAAGAUCUUGAGAUACUCUUCUAAUGUUGUUGCUGAUAGUUUCAAGUUUGGUACCGACAAAAACGUUAUUGUUGCGUUGGAAGAUGAUGUUGGUAUUGUCAAUAAAAGAGCUUUCCGUAAGCCAGAUAGACAAUCAUUGGCUUAUAAUCCACGUAAAGGUGCUUUUUGA